GACAUUUAGGCUUUAGCUCAACAUUCAACAUGGUAGUAGGAGCAGACGAUUUUUCGACUCACAUGAGUCACAUGUCACAUCGCGUUUCUGUGCCUUGUUUCGUUCAUCCAUAUUCCCAUAUUGCAAAAUUGACUGUCAAUUCAUUGGAUCGAAAUGUCUUCUGUUGUUAUUGAUGAAAUUAGAGUAGCUGACCGAGGAAAGAAGUUGGAGCCUUUGCAAAUUCAGUUCUCACACUGCCAGUCUCCUUUGAAACCUGAGGGUCUUAAGAAUAUAAAAUCAGGGAUUUAUUCAGACAGUGAAUUCAAAAAUGAAUAUGUUGCCAUUUGUCAAGUUGACAAUCAGCGAUACAUGGGUGGCACCAAAGGACAAAACCAGAAAGAAAGUCCAAUGUUGUACAUUGCAUUAAGAAAUAGAGUGACAAGCAAGGUUAAGCUAGUGGAGAUUUCAAAAGUUUCAUUAUCUCCAGUUGUACAAUAUCCCCCCACUACUAACCCUGUUUUGAUUGAUGAUGGGAGUUCCAAUAUGGAAAAACAAUUUGUCCAUAGGUUUGGUAUGCUUAAAGGUCAAAGAAUGUAUGAUCAAGCUGAACGUCUUACAGUGAAAGCUGAAAAUGUGAAAGCAAAUCUAGAAAAUGCUGCUAUUGGUACAGCUAUACAAGAUAGUGAAUUGGUUGUUCCCAAAAGUUCAGAUUCUUAUGAAACAAUGUUACCACCAAGAAAUACAGAUACAAAAUUGCCUAGUCAAGUGUAUCAGAUUGAAAACAUUGUUUCUGAAAAUGACAUGACAGCUUUGGAAGGAAUCACACUAAAGCUGAUGGCUGAUGAGUCUGAUCCUGAUACACAGGAAAAAUUCAAGGAGUUUUCUGUUUAUUUCACUAAAGAGUUCAGCCGCUUAAUGAAGUCAAGUCACCUCAACAAAGAAGAAAAAUUGCGAUGUUUGAAAGCACUUCUAUACACUGAGUGUCUCAUAAAAUGUUCUGCAAUUAAGAAGAAAUCAAUUACCCGUGAUCUUUUAGAUCAAAGUCUACCAACAUCAAUCCCGGACAGUGUGAGAAAAAGUAUUAAGGACAAAUUUGUAGAAGGCUGGACCUUAUCCAAGAUGAGUAGAGAUAAAAUCAUUUGCCAUGCAAUAGCACUCGCGCUUGCUGUAGGUAGUUGCAGCGUUGAUGCUGAAAGCUUCAGUUCUAGUUUGAAACUCGAUAUGCAGUCCCUUGAAAACUUGAUUCGGGUGGUUGGCGCUCGAACAGAUAAGGAUAAAUCUAACGGAGCCUCCAAGAUUGUUCUCAAAAUUCCUCUGACUUUACCUCCUCAGAAGAGGGGUCAGAUGAAAAGAAAAGAAAGAAGAUAACCACAAAAGGACUGAGUUAAAAAUAUCACUGAAAAUACACUCUUCCCGUUAAAAAAAAUUGUAUUUACUAGUCAUUUCUCUGCUAAAAAUCAGCGAUAGAGGCAGUGUUAGUUUCUUAGUUACGUAUUACGAAUUCAGGUUAUUCAUCAGCUAUAUCAAGAUAGGCAAUGCACAUGUCGAGAUCGUCGCUAUCACCUCGUAAACGCUCGAGUCUGUAAAAAUAAAAGUAACGACGAACUAAAUAAUAAAUUAUUAGAUUUUUAUAUUUAAUCUUACCGUUUUUUUAUUUCAUGCCUCCAUUCUAAUUCUCCAUCAGCGCUCUUCAGAGCUUUCAAGCAAUUGGUACUAAGAGAUUUGAAACAUUGUUUUCUUACAGAAUUAUGUUGUGCGUUAUCCCAUAUAGGAGUAGCUUUUACAAGAUUCCAAGCAUUCAACGUAAACUCAACAACACUUUUCCAUUGUCUACUUUCUACUAGCUGCUUACAGUAAUCCAAGAGACGUUUCUAAAAUCAUAUUUAAAUUAAUUAUCUGUUUUUGUUUUCUUAAACGCACGCUAUCACCUUAAAAGCCGAAAGAUGAACUGAUGUUUUGUUGUAAGCGGCGGAAUCCGUUUUGGACGACAAUCGACAAUUCGGUAAAGAUUUAAAAAUAUUUUUCUUUAAAUAUGAUAGUUCAUCCAACAUGGGUUGCAGGUCUGGUUCUGGGAGUAAAGACUCUAGUUUCUGCAAUUAAGAUUAAAUUAGUUGUUCUUUGUGAUUGACAGGAAAUUUAUAAGAAACAAAAAUUACUUACUUGUUUGACUUCUUCGUUUAUUGUUGCCAGAUUCUGAAUAACGCUAAUGAGCUGAGAACGAGACAAUCCAUUAAGAACAAGAUCUAAUGGCACAGGAUCGUCUUCUAACUUUAUUGGUUUUCUGUUUGAUGAUGAUGAAAGCUAAAAAUAAACAUAUUUUUUUUCAA